CUCCCUCGAGCUUUUCCAACAUGUGGAGCGCGCAGACCCACAGCACUACAGCAGAUCGGCCAAAACCUUAGCGUGUGUUCAUUCAAGUCCCGAGCUUUCGGAUCAUCAUGUCAACCAGCUGCGAAACUUCGUCGACCUGCCCCAUUCCAAGCCGCUCCAACUGGUCUCCACUCAAUGACGCCUACAGCCAAACUCCUGGAGGAACUGUGUUUUCAACAACUCCCGGUGGAACUCGGAUCAUCUAUGAUCGAAAGUUUCUCUUGGAAUGUCGAAACUCGCCCAUCGCACGCACUCCACCCUGCUGCCUCCCCCACAUACCAGGGGUCACCAGACCCUCGCUGCAAGCAGCAGAACAGGAGGAUGAAAGCAAGGAUCUUGCUGUUGAUGACAACCAGUUUGUGAUGGAUAUGUGAUGGAUGUCUGCAGCUUGUCUGGAAAAACGGACUGACUCAGCCUGUUCUACCAGUGCUCACGAUCUGAGGGGAUGAUCACACCAGCUGUGGAUUCCUUCAUUAUUGCCUCCAUGCUUUACUUUUACUUUACCUAAAUAAUGAAAUGCUCAGAGCAAGUGUUUCUGUUAUGGGGAGGAGCGUUUUGAGUUUGGUGGAUGUUAUGGUGAAAAUGCAGCUUCUGCUGUUGUUUGAUUCAGUGCCUUCGUUACUCUUCUUUAUUUACAACCAUUCUGAAGGCGACUGUAUGUAAUCUACAUUUUCACUAUCUGAGGAUAGUUCAAAUGGAGAUAUUUCAUUUUUGUAAUGGAACUAUGACCCUAUAAAGGGCAUUUAAGUCAUAUAUGCCAGGAAUAAACAGUUGGGAUGAUGAUUUUUGUACUGUUUGCUGUUCAUUCUCUGGAUGUAAUAUGACAUUUUAAAUAAAACUACAACAAAAUGGUA